CUGAGAAGACGGUUUCCACUUUUUCCAGUAUAUUACUUUUUUUUCUGUUCAGAAAGCUGCUCUCGCUCUGUGUCGCACGGCUAAAGCCUAAAAGGCAUUUGGGGUUUCGCCAUUCUGUGGCGUUGGAACCCCCUUAUGGCUAAUGGCUUGCGAACCUGGGCUUCUCAGAAAGCAGCUCGCUGUUGCUGUGAAGAGCAUCCAGUGGAGCUAUGCGAUUUUCUGGGCAUCGUCGACUAGGCAGCAUGGUGUGCUGGAAUGGAGUGAUGGCUACUACAAUGGCGACAUCAAGACGAGGAAAACGGUCCAAGCUGAGGAUGUCCAUGUCGACAAAAUGGGCUUACACAGAAGUGAGCAGUUGAGAGAGCUCUACAAGUCUCUCUUAGAAGGCGAAACCGAGCAACGAAUCAAAAAGCCUCCUGCUUCUCUGUCUCCUGAAGAUCUAUCAGAUGCAGAAUGGUAUUACUUGGUUUGCAUGUCCUUUGUCUUCAAUCAAGGCCAAGGUUUGCCUGGAAGAGCGUUAGCCGACAGUCAAACUAUCUGGUUAUGCAAUGCUCAAUAUGCGGAGAGUAAUGUAUUCUCUCGUUCUUUGCUUGCAAAGAGUGCAGCGAUUCAGACUGUAGUCUGCUUUCCUUACCUUGGGGGUGUUAUUGAAUUAGGUGUAACUGAGCAGGUCUUGGAGGAUCCUAAUCUUCUUCAACAUGUCAAAGAUUUUUUACUGAAAUUCUCGAAGCCGAUAUGCUCAAAGAAACCUUCCUCAGCCAGUUAUAAAGAUGAUAAUGGUAAAGAACAGAUGGGCGCCAAACCUGACAAUGAGAUUGUUGAAGUUUUGGCUUUGGAGAACCGRUAUAAGGAAGUAAACAGGAUUCUAAGAAGAAAUGAUAAGGAGUUCAGCAUUGAUUCUCUUGAUGAUCUUUCAAAUGGUUAUGAACAAUACCACAAAAUGGAGGAAGAUCCUUUAAGACUUGAGGGUGUCGAUGGAGGGGCGUCUCGUUUUCAGRGUUUGCAGUUUCUAGAUGAUGACUUCAGUAAUGGUUUUCAAGACUCCAUGAAUCCUAGUGACUGUGUUUCUGAAGCUUUGGCAAAUCAAGAGAAAGUUUUAUCUCCUUCGAGACCGAAAGGUGCAAACAGUUUAACUUUGAAAGAGCUUCAAAACUCGAAUCGCACUAAAUCCGGUUCAUUGGAUCCCAGAAGUGAUGAAGACAUGCACUACAGGAGAACUCUCUUUACCAUUUUGGGAAGUUCAACUCAAUUGGUUGGCAGUCCCCUUCUCCCUAAUGUCUCAAACAGAUCCAGUUUCAUGCCGUGGAAGAAACGAUUGGCCGAGAGACACAUGCCGCCCCUGGUGCAGCAAAAAAUGUUAAAGAAGAUUUUGUUUWCAGUUCCACUGUUGUGUUCUGGUAGUUCUCUGAAUCGCCUGAAGGACGGGGAACGGUCAAUCUUGAAACAGGGUAACAAUGAUAUGUGCCCGAACAACGUCAUGCAUGACAAAUUGAUAGAAAACGAAAAAUUUAUGGCCCUAAAGUCGAUGUUACCUUCAUUCAACAAGAUCAGCAAAGCGUCCAUACUCAAUGAUACGAUCAAAUAUUUGAAGAUGCUUGAAGCAAGAGUACAAGAGUUAGAAGCUUGCAUGGACUCAUUAUAUUAUGAAGAAAGAUUAAGAAGGAAAUAUCUUGAUAUGGUGGAGCAGACUUCAGAUAACUAUGACUAUGAAAAGAUUGAAGGCACCUUAAAGMCUUCAAUGAACAAGAGGAAAGCCUGUGAGUUAGAUGAAACAGACCUGAAGCUGAAGAAUCACAUUCCACAAAAUGGCUUGAGGCUGGAUGUGAAAGUCAGCAUGAAAGAACAAGAGGUUCUUGUUGAUAUGAGAUGUCCGUAUCGAGAAUAUUUAUUGGUCGACAUCAUGGAUGCUAUGAAUGACUUACAGUUGGACGCCCACUCAGUUCAAUCUUCUGAUCAUAAUGGUGUCUUCUCCUUGACCCUUAAGUCUAAGUUUCGAGGGAUAGCGGCUGCAUCGGCUGGGAUGAUCAAACUAGCACUCCUAAAAGUUGCCAACAAGAGUUGAGCUGAGAGAGAAAAGCUUAGGAUAUCAAUUGUGAAGCAUUUUGCUGUAAGUCAGUAGAGUAGACAAGAAGCUGGCAUUCUAGAUUUCUAACAUCCUCCCCUUGGGGCUUACAAAUUAGACAAGUUUAGCUUUAGCAUCAACUGAUGAUAAGAUUGACUUGUAACUUUUGAGUUGUAAAGCUGAUCUUUUACUGUUACUAUUUGCUACCCACCAUCAAUUAACCAUGUUUUGAUCA